AUUAUAAAUGAGUAAUUCUAUCGCACUGACUUUGCUGUCCUCUUUCAGACUUUCAGUAUAACCAGCAUACCAUUCAACACAACAUUGUCCAACAGAUAUUCCUAAAUAUAUACCUAAAAAUAUUUGAAAACGAUUAUAUUUUGAAAAGUAAACAUGCCGCGCCGCAAGCCCACCGAAAAGACCGAUAUGAUCGGCGAUUUGGACCUCAACCCCGAGGUGGCCAUCGAUGAUUAUCGCGUUUCUCGCCAGCAGGAUCAGUUCUUUGUAAAACCCCCCAAUUGGGAUUCUGCUGGCGAUACAAUUGAAAUGCUGUAUAUAGCCAAUCUAAGGGAAUACGAUGCCAUGAAGCAGGUUCAGACCCAACUUCUGAAAGAUGCCAAGCGCCAGACGGCAAUAAAUGUGCAGCGCAUCCGAAAGAUGUAUAAAAUUCAGGAGCGCCUGCGCAAACGCUUCGUCGAAGUCAACGGGUUCAUCAAAGAUUGUGCGGACAAGAAGCGCAGUGCCGACAAGUCGAUUCGUGAGGAAACUGUUUUGCAUGAGGAGGUCACCAAGGAGAUAGACGAGUUCAAGACUUCCGUUGCCGAGCUGGGCACCUUUCGCAACGCCCUCAAGGCCACGGUCGAUCAAUUUCAGCCCUACGAACGGGUCCUGGAGGAGGUAGUCAAGGUAUCCGACAUCUUCGUCUCGACGAAGGACUGCAUCGAUCGAUGCGAUGCAUUAAUGCUUGCCCAGGUGGAGAUCAAUAAGCUGGAGAGCCAGAAACUCAACGAGAUCGAAGAGAUGCGCCAGCGAAUGGUUCAAAUCACCAGCGAGGCGGCUUUGACUGUCCUGGGUCUCAAAAACGACUUGGCACGACUAGACCGAUCGUAUGUCAAUUCUCGAGCCACUUGCCUCAAAUGGGAGAAGAUAUUGAGUACAUGCAAGGACGCCACAUCCCAUUACAACCUCGAUAAGGAGCGCAUGUUCGAUGGCAUACAGAUUCUGUACCGAAUGCUCUGCAAGCGCCGCGACAUUGUACCCAGCUAUCACAGCUACGAGAUCGAUAACAUCAUGACCUUCGUCAUGCGUGAAAUAAGUCUUCUUUCUUCGGUCCUCCAGGAAUUGGACGCCAACAAGGGCGAUAAGGUCGGAGCAGGAAGUCUCUGCUAGCUGGAACUGUGAUCAUUUUUAGCGGUUCAUGAAUAAAAAUAUUGUUUUAGAUGCUUUAA